AUGUCGGGGGUUGCCAUCGAUGUGGACGAUCUGGAGGAUCUUCGGGUCGAAGACUCUGCAGUAGUACCGGUAGUAGCACCCGCAUCCUCGUCGUUGGAAGAUGAUGCCUUGCCCGUAUCGGAAUCAGCAUCAUCCGUUCUGUCUUCGACUGCGAUUCCAGAGCCAUUUCAGAACACCAUGUUGGACAUGGACAAGAGGAGUCAGCAUUCGUUGGCUUCCAGACAAGCCUUGGCUCAAGACGAACAACAAGGCAGUCUGGUAGCAGGAAGCGCUAUGGAAGUCUACCGAAGCAACCACAGCCGUCACAGCACCAGUCCGCAGAGUCACCACAAGCGAGGUCUUCAUUCUUCCAGUGUCGCGAGUCGCAGCAGUAGUGGUGGUGCGAUGAUGAUGAUGAUGGAAGGUUCCUUUUCGUCUCGUUCCAACCACACCAAGGAUACUACUAGGUCUACUAGUAGUCGAGUACAUCAUCAUCAGCAUCAUCAUCAUCCUAUGAGUCCCAUGGAAAUCAUGGACAUGAAAGAAUCCAAUCAUUCGGCGGUGACGUCGACGAAUCGAGAAAUAUUUUUGGAUGAAGUUGAAGAUGACGACGACUUUAUUGACAAGGACAAGAGCAAUUACUCACAGAUGCAGUGUCUCUGCUUCUUUUGUCUACUCGUCAUUGGACUUACCGUGGGAAUCAGCUGUCAAGCACACGGAUGUGCGGCUUCUUCUUCACCUUCUACUACAAGUACUUACACGUCUACUACUUCCACCACUACCAACACUCCACAAGUCCAAACGCCCAACAAUCCUCCUCCCUUUCCCAUUCCAGCUCCCAUCUAUACCAUUGGCAUAUCUCCUCCUCCUCCGACCAACCCUAAACCCAGUCCCCCACCCGAAAUGCUACUCCAAGGACUCUGGAAUGUCACACUCGACGCCAUCCAAGACGAUCCCACAUCGCCACAAUCCCGGGCGUACCAGUGGAUCCGAAACGAUCCAUUUCUACAGUCGUACACACCCAACCGACGCCUCCAACGAUUUGCCCUCGCCACUUUGUAUUAUGCCACCAACGGGGAACAGUGGGAACAACAAAAUUGGUUGCACUACGGACGCGAUCGACAAGAAUGUACCUGGUACACAUUGGGGGAUUCCCGGGUCUAUCCCGAAUACGAAACCGACUACAAUCUAUUUCCCUGCAAUUCCAAUUUCGAAUACAUCUUUUUGACACCCUGGAACAAUGGAUUGGGAGGAACGCUCCCACCCGAAUUGGGACUCUUGACUUCCCUCCAAGUCAUGGACUUGACUCAAGGUACCACCGCCGGGACAAUCCCCACUGAGAUCGGAUUACUCACCAAUUUGCAAAAAUUGUGGUUGUCCGCACUGCAAUUGCAAGGCACGUUGCCCACGGAAUUGUUUCAACUCUCCAAAUUGGUUGGCUUGGGAUUAUACAGCAACCAAUUUGUGGGCAAGAUUCCGACCGAAAUUGGACUCCUCUCGAAAUUGAAAAUCUGGGAAGGAUAUGGCAAUGCCCUCACGGGACCCUUGCCCUCGGAAGUGGGGAGUUUAGCACGCUUGGAGGAUAUCCAAAUUGACAAUAACCAAUUGACGGCGACGCUGCCCACCGAACUAGGAUUGGCCAGCUCCAUGAGUGCCUUGAUGGCAUUUGAAAACCGUUUUGUGGGACCCAUCCCGUCCGAGUUGGGACAACUACAAAACUUGACACGGCUGCUAUUGAGCGACAAUAGGCUCACAUCCACACUCCCCAGUCAACUGCAAACACUAAACAAUCUACAAGGACUCCUCGUGGCCAGAAAUCUUUUAGACGGCAACGUUGACCAGUACGAUUUCCCCACGGAACAACUCAUUUUGCUGCACUUGCAAGGCAACACGGAGUUACGGGGAACCUUUCCCGAGACACUCUGUGCCCUCCAAAACGGUCUCAAAUUCGAUUGUGAACCCACGCAAUUGUGCGGGUGUACUACCUGCGAGUGUCCAUCAUCAGCAUCAGUGGCACCAUCUUCGGCGCCCGAACCGGCGGCGGCGAGUGCUUCCGUGACGCGUCCCAACAAUAACAACGGAGGGACGUAA